UUUGGACGCCGUCUCUGCUGCGAAGAGCUGGGAGAACCUGUUGCUCGUCACGGCGAGCUCGCUGUCAGCAGGCCGGCUUCUCGGGGGCGGUGACCGGGCCGCAGGGGCGGGGGCGGCGCGAUGCGGCCCGCGGACGCGGACGAGCGGCAAGGGCCCGAGCAGCCUUGCGGCCGCCCCCCGAACCCCGCGCGCGCCGCCGCCCGCCGGGACGUCGCCGCCCUCGAGCGCGAGCACGUGCGCGCGCACCUGCGGGCCCGCCGGAAGCUGCUGGAGGUCGCGAGCCUGCUGGACGAGCUUCAGAGCGAGGUGGACGCCUCAGCCGAGGGCGUCCUGGGUCCCGGCCGCCGCGCGGGCGGCGAGGCGGAGGAGCGGGUGCUGAAGCUGUGCGAGAAGGCGGAGAGGAAGGCUGCCGAGGCGGCGCUGAUGGGACGGAGGAUCGUGGAGCUCCACCGGCAGAUAGAGAGCUGCGGGUGCUCCUGAAGGACGCGGGGGCGGAGGCUUGCGGUCAGAGUUCUGCAAGACGGAAGACACUGCCUGGCUGCAGCUGCUGAAGCAAGAGCCCAGACCAGUCAAGGAUGUGGAUGCCGCUGCUUUGGAUCAGAUUGAGAAGCCCCUGGGGGGCUGUUGGGCAUGGAGAGGGGUGGCGUCCGCAUUUUGGUAUUUUGCAGUCUCAGAUCAGAGGAGGAGAGCUGUGUUCUUUUCAUUUUCUUUGUUUGCUUGUCUUUUUUUUUUUUUUUUUUUUCAGAAAUGUAAUUUUUCUGUGGCAUGUUAACUGGUGCACAUCAUGUAACCUGUCUGGUGAGUAACCUAGAAUAGGGGAUGAGUUCUAGGUACUAUGUGUAUUGGCUGGCUUUGGGGUAAACUUUUUGAUGUAAUCAUGCAUUUCAGGAGCUUCUUUGCCACAACUGCACGUGACACUGCAUGGCCUGGAGGGUUUGGGGAGGAGAGCGUGGAACUGACCGUGGCAGGCCCCAAAAUGAUAGCAGGAAGCAUCUUCCAGGCUGGGAUGAUAUCCAGCCUAGGUCCUCAGAGCAGACCUCACAGAGGUUGAGAGCAGAGCUCUAGCUUCCUUUGGUGAACCUUUCACUUGCCUGGAAAAACAAAUGCUGAAAGCCAGUUUUUAGAAUCUUUGUGCGAAUAACCAAAGCCAUUGACUUGGCCAGGAAAAGGUGAGAUAAAUAAAUUCUUUUCAGA